GUUCUUGAUAACCAAUAAACUUGUAUCUCUAUUGCGCAUGUGGUGAAAGAAUGCACUAUAAUAUCAAUGCUACUAGUAACUAGAGAUAAGUGUUUUAAAAUAAAUGAAACUGAAUGUUGGUGUAAAGACUAAAGAGUAGCGAAAGUGAAGAGCAUCAUGUUUGAGUUAAAGGAAUUACAAGUAAAAGAUUAAGGGAAACGAAAAUAUGGAGCACACAAAAACGCAGUCGACUUCUCGGUUGCUUAUUACAUCUUGUAUCGAAAAUAAAGAUGAGUUGGAAGAGAAAUUCGAACGAUGUUACAUUGUGUUACAAAAUUUGAGUACUGGACUAUCAGAAAAAGAGGUUCAUGACAGUCUUAAUAAUGCUGUUUGUAAAGAUAAGACUCACGAGGAAGUGUGCCUGGGCCUGUUAGUUGUUAUCUUAUCAGAGCCUAAAGAAGCAACCAAGAGUUACAGAGAUUUAACUCUUGUCACUCGUGAUGGCUUAGCUAUUGUUUUAGCUCAUUUAAAUCAGUUGGUGCUAGAAAGAUAUUUAAAAUUAAAUGAUAUUGCUAGAAGCCAACUUUUAUGGCUUCUCCGUGAAAUGAUUAGAACCAGUGUUGCUAAUGUAGAUAAUCUUUGUUUGAGUUUGUUAAGACAUGCUGCUGGUGGAGACGUUUCUCAACGUAAUCUUUUCCUCAUUGAUGCUCUUUUAGACAUAUUUCAGGAAAAUAGAUUAUGGCUAGACAAAUUUCCAUUUUUGGUAGCAUCAAUUGUAUAUACUUAUCUUCGAUUAAUAGAAGAUCAUAGUGCAGUUCACUUAUCAACACUUAGACAAAAAGAAGUUAAUUUUAUGGUUUUAUUAAUAAGAGAAAGAAUAGUAGAAUGUCUUGUCAUAGGAAGAGAUCUAGUACGAUUAUUACAAAAUAUUGCAAGAAUACCAGAAUUUGAAAUACUUUGGAAAGAUAUGCUUGUAAACCCAAAAUCCUUGAAUCCAAAUUUUACAGGAGUUUUACAAUUAUUACAAACAAGAACUUCAAGAAGAUUUUUACAAUCAAGAUUAACUCCAGAAAUGGAAAGAAAAUUGGUAUUUUUGACAAGUCAAGUAAGAUUUGGUAAUCACAAACGAUAUCAGGAAUGGUUUCAAAAACAAUAUCUUGCAACACCAGAGUCCCAAACACUACGUUGUGAUUUAAUAAGAUUUAUUGUUGGUGUAAUUCAUCCUACAAAUGAGUUGCUUUGUUCUGAUAUAAUACCACGAUGGGCUGUAAUAGGGUGGCUUUUUACAACUUGUACCUUACCAGUAGCUGCAAGUAAUGCAAAAUUAGCACUUUUCUAUGAUUGGCUUUUUUUUGAAUCAGACAAAGAUAAUAUUAUGAACAUUGAACCUGCUAUUCUGGUUAUGCAUAAUUCAAUGAGAUCACACCCUGCUGUAACUGCUACACUUUUAGAUUUCUUGUGCAGAAUUAUACCUAACUUUUAUCCAGCUUUAGAAGACAAAGUGAGAAAUGGCAUAUUUUCCUCUUUACGUCAAAUAUUAGAAAAACGUGUUUUACCAAGUUUAUAUCCAUUAUUUGACAGUCCUAAAUUAGAUCGAGAACUGAGGACCAAAAUAAGAGAAACAUUUAAGGAAUUUUGUUUACCACCAAAUAUUGAUGCUGGUAAAAUAGAAGAACUAAGUAAAGAUUUAAAUACUGAUAUGGCAUUUGAUAAUGUUGAUCAUUCGACAAUGGGAAUUCAUCAAUUAAAUGAAGAAGUGGAACCAGUAUUUAGCGAUGAAGAAGAAGAUGUAUCUUUAAGGAUGUCUAGAAGAAAUGAAAACAUUGAUGAAGAAGAUCCAUCUUUACCUGCGAUCAAGUUGAGAAACGAAGUUAAUAUGCGUUGUAAUGUUAAAAAAGAUUUAUCAUUUUACACAACUUUAGAACCUGAAGAAUUAAGAACAGUAGUAGAAAAUUUACAUUUUGAAUUAGAUAAUGAAACGAGAUGUCAAAUAAUGGAAAGAAUAGUACAAAUGAUCAUUCAAGAUGAAAUUGAUACUGAAACUAUGCCAACGUUGGCUUCUUGUCUUUCAAAUACACUAUCGAAGCAAAUUAAAUUAGAUAUAUUCCCUAUAGAUAAUCUAAAUGAUGAUGCUCUUAUAGAUAGUAUAAGUACACCAUUGUUUGUAAUGUUCAGAAAUCAAUUUCAAUUAUGUAAAGAAGAAGAUAAUAGAAGGCAACUGUUAGCUAGAGUUUUAGCUGAAUUUCAAUCUAUACAGCCAAGAAUAGGAUAUUUACUUUUAUAUUUUUUAAAAAUUUGGGGUAAAGAAGAAGAAAAAAGGGAAGCUGAACAUAGCAACAUUUUAAAUGAUAUGAAAGGAACAGUGUAUAAAGAUUUUUGUUCACAAAGAGAAGAAAAACUUGAUUCAUGUUUACUUUUCGAUCUAAAGCGUUGCCAUGAAGACAACGUUUCUAUGCUCUGUUAUAUAUUGCCCGAUAUUUAUAUGGAAUUUCAAAAUUUAGCUCUUGGUAAUACACAACUUCUUCAUUUAGUUGUUUCUACCGUUGAUUCGUCACAAAUACAGGAUUUGGUAUGUCAAAUAAUGCAAGGUCAUUUAAGAAUGUUAAAAAGAGAAUCAUUGUCAUCUCUUCUGAUUGCUAGUUUAAAUUGGGAAACAUUUGAACAGUAUUGCUUCUGGCAACUAAUUUUUGCACAUGAUUUUUCAAUUGAUUAUGUCUUGCCGAUUCUACCCAAAUUACAAUUCCGUAAUCACGCCGAAGCCUUAACAUCUAUUCUUUUAAUGUUAAAACAAGAAAAACCCACGCAAGAACUUUUGAAACAACUUUUAACUAGACAAAAUACAGAAGGUGAUAUGUUUGUAGUAGCAGCAUUGAAAUACUGGUGUCGAGAAUAUGAAGAUAAACUUGGAGAGUUAUUAGGAACACUUUUACUCAGUCGUUAUCCAGUAACUAGUCCUAAUAAACGAAAACGUUCUAAUAUAAAACAUAAUCAAAUAUCUGGAUUACCAUCUGGGGAACAAGUAUUAGGUCAUUUGGAUCAAUUACGACAAUAUUGUAUUUCAACAUCAGAAUUACAAAUUUAUCAAUCAGAAGGUAUGCAGAAAGCUUUACAGCAGGCACAAGCUGCAAGCAGUGAUUCUUUAAGAAAAAGUUAUGGUGAUUUAUUUGCACUCGCUGAAGUAAAUGAAGAAAAUGAACCCCCUGUUUCAUUAUCGACAAGUUCAUCUAAAAAACAUGCUCCAAUAUCAAUGAAUCUUACUACCAUUAAAGGUCAUCGAAAAACUACAAUAAAUGCUAGAGAAAAAUCAACUUUUAAAAGAGCACCACCAAGAGACAGAAAUACUGAAAGUAGUGAACAAACUAGUGAAGAUGAAGAAAUUGUUAAACCAAAGCAAGCAAAAAAAAGAAAGAAAAUAAAUCCUGUGGGUUCAGAUACCGACUGACCAUUCAACGUUCAUAUACCAUUAAAGAUCCGUUUGAAUAUUCAGCAUAUGCGAAAGAAUUAUACUAAACGUAAGAGUAGAGUAAUUGAUGACGACGACGACGAUUAUCACGACUACUACGAGGAUGACGACAAUGACGAUCAUUACGAGGACGAUUACGACAACCAUCACGACCACUCCGAACACUACGAGGAUGACGAUGACGACAACCAUGAUAACCACGAUAAUGAUCGUGGUGAUGGUGGAGGUGGUGCUGAUUAUAAUGGCGAAAAAUAAAAUUAUGUAUAAAUAUAGGAAAAUAAAUCAGUUUAAG